AUCUUUUAGUUUAAUAGUUUUCGAGAGUAAACACGCCAAAAUGUUUUCCUACAACACAAUAAUCGCGUUUAUAGUGAUUUUAAUAAACACCAUUUCUCACAGUGAAAAUUCAACAAUUUUAUUCAAUUCCGGUUGGUAUAAGACAAAAAAGAAAAGCGACAAAACCCUAGUGCACAACGUAACAAGCAUUGGACCCAAUUCGUUUGACUACAAAGCCUCCUAUUUGAAAAUCAGCAGUGUGAUAUCAAUAUUACCCAAAUCAUCAAUCCACGACUUAAUCAACCUACAAGACCUCAUAAUAUCGUCAUCAGGAAUUAUCAACAUCGAAGCGGGAGUUUUCGAAAACGUGCCUAAACUAUCAAAAGUCAACCUCAAAGAAAACGGAAUCCAGCAAAUCAGAUACGGAGUUUUCAACGGAUUAAAUUUGACGAUGCUGUUUUUGAACAAAAACGAAAUUAGUUUCAUAGACGGUGGGGCGUUUGACGACAUGCCCAAAUUAACCAAAAUCAAAUUGAAUUUCAAUCAAAUAUCUACGUGGGAUUGUAAAUGGUUCAAACGAACUCCCGCUCUUAAUGUUGUUUCGAUACGUCGAAACUCGAUAAAAGAAAUUCCUGAUGGGGCUUUCAAAAACUUAAACAAUGAAGAUUUGAAAUUAUUUUUAAGUAAAAAUAAUAUUGUUGAAAUUCAUCCAAGUGCCUUUAGUGGAAUCAAACGAAUAAGCCAAUUGUAUUUGGAUAGGAACAAAUUAACCCAAUUGGAUGAUAAAGUUUUCGAUAAAAUCGAACACAUUCAUACGUUGAGCUUGGCCAGGAAUAACUUGACCGAAAUCCCUAAGAAGUUGUUGAAAACUGUGAAAUAUAUGCGUUAUCUGGAUCUUACAGCCAACCACAGGCUACAAUGUGUACCGAUAGAGGUUGCCAGGAUUGUACAAACAAUCAAACUGGAAAACGUUCUUAGUUUGAAUUGUAGUUGUAUUGCAAGCUUGAGGAAUGUUACCCAUGUUAUUGGGGUUGGUAAUUUGUGCAAACAGUAGCAUAAUUGAAUUUUACAUUAAUGGAAUUAUGUCUUUAAUAUCAAUUGAAUUACUAAUUAUUUGAAUGUUUUCAUAAUAAUAUUGUAACUUUAUUAGUAGUGAAAAUUGUACAAUUAUAGUGGUUUUUAGUUUUCAAUUUCAUUGUACACUUUGCUUCUAUUAUGUCUUAAUUAUUGAGAAAAUCUGUGAUCUAGGAUAGAGGCUUUGAGGCAAAGUAUAUUAAAAGUUUACAGCGAUUAAGCUUAUCUAUAGAGAAAACAUUUGGAAUAAUUUGAGUAUCGUCUUCUUUAACCCAACUCUCUGUCUUAAUAUAUUAUGAAAUUCAUUAACUAAAGUUAGAAGUUAAUAUGAACAACACUCAUUGAUACCUGAAAAAAUCAUAAAAAUUCCUGUAAAAUCACCUUUGAAGGUUUCUGAAAUAUAGGUAAUAGGUAGGUACUGAAAUGAUAAAAUUUCUAUUUUUUUUUUUUGUGAUAAGAUUUUGCACUUAUAUGAUCAGUUGAGAAACCAUUAACACCAUACACUAAAAUAUUCUGAAAUUUGAAAUCUAUGAAAAAG